AUGGCUGCUGACUGGCAACAAGAGUGCCUUGUGCCUCAGAACCAGCCGUCCAUUGAUCCCGUGGGGGCUCAUUCAGACAGGGCUUUGCAGAACACCUCUGGUAACGUUCAGUCAUAUUCUGAUGUCUUGACUCACGAUGUCGCUGGCCGGGAUGAUCAUCUUCAGCAGAUGGCUUACAAGUAUCCCCAUCCUCCUGUCCAUCACCAAGUCGCCGCCCCCAAUCUCCACCACCAUCAGCAAGUAGCUGCUCGGCUUCAUGCGCGGAAGCUUCGCCGACUCCAUUCAGUGGGGCCCAAUGUGGCUCCUCGACGGGGUCGAAGCUACCUCAAGUCGCAGAAGUACUUAGAGUAUCGGGCCCGUCCUCGACGGGACACUGGCAAGGACGGAGAGCCAGUGUGGUCUGACGAAUUGGAGGAUGCUUUCCAGCAAGCUCUCGAGGCAAACCCUCCUAUGGGUCGCCGCAAGUGGUCUGAACGGGGAAAGUCAUACGGCCGAAAUGAGUUGAUUGCCGAGUAUAUCUUCAAGUUGACUGGCAAGCGUCGAACUCGUAAGCAGGUUUCGAGUCACCUUCAAGUACUCGACUCGUUUCUGAAAGGGGACCCAGACUGGGAGCGACUUGUCCGUGAACAGUCUGCAGAGCGAUCAAGUGGACAUUCUCAAACCUCCACACCGAAAUGGAGAGCCUCGAUCGACCAUGGCGCGUCGAGUCACUACGGAGCCUCAACACAGUACCACGAUCCCAUGCGUUCAAUACAAUCAUACGCAGGAGACCUACCGCCACCUCACUACACUCUGGGAUCAAACAUGCAAGAAACAGGGACCAAGAACAUCCAUGGUUUUAGCUUUGACAUGUGGGUCAGCACGCCUCAGCAGCCUAACCGAGUCGACAAUUCUCUGCAUGCAUACACCCGCCUGCAAGGCGAUCUGCACCACCCUGCUCCUCCGAUGCCCUUGGAAAAUGUGAAUGGCUGGCGAUCCUCAUUCCCUGAGCUAUCAUCUAUUAUCGAUGAAGGCUCUCUCGACUGUGACAUCAUCAUGCUUGAAGUCAACUUGCAGCUCAUGUCUGAUUUUCCUCCUCCUGGGUCUCGUCUUGGUAUUCAAUUAGAUCUUGACUUUGCCCACCCUACAGCUGGUGAUGUGUUCAUGAUAGGCCAGAUGGAAGAUUGGACCUGUAGUACGCGUCUAUACGAGGCCGGACGAGAGAAAUGGGAGACAUUCCACCCUCUCCCGAAACCUCAAUCUACCAAGGUCAAGCCUCUCUUCGAAUCGCAAUGGUGGGCGAAGCUCUUCACUGAGUUAACCCAGGACAAGCGCAUUGCGGAAGAUUCCGCUCAGCCAGAAUCCAUUCUUUCCACUGAUGAACGUACUCGGCGCUACCUACGCUCUCUGUCUGCAGUACAGGAGAUUCGCGCUAUGCCAUCCAGUUCCAGACGCCUCUCCAACCAAUUUCAGGGUCAUGGACAACAGGAUGAGAGCGAGCGAAUGGCUAUCUUGGUCUGGAAAUUCCGCCAAACACGACCUGGUGAGGUCGGCACAACUACCUGGCGCCGGCUUAUCCCGCCCCCGGAUCGCACUCAAACUAAUAGCCCUCGGCCAGCUACUAGUGUUGGUGUCGAUCUUCCUCCCCUCUCUCUGGAUUCCAUCCUUCUCAACAAACCCUCUCAGAGCGUCUAUCAGACACCGCAACCCCAUGACCUGAUUCACCAAAGUCAAUCCCACUCACAAUGGCCUAUGUACCAAUCGUCCCACGACAACGUGGCUAAUAUGUUUAAUUCCUCCGGUCAAAUCGAUUUUAUGAGCUCUAUCUCGAAAGCUGAAGAUGGCCUCGGUGACAAGACGGCCGCCACCUCCGUGCUGGAUUCCUUCGCCACCAGCCUUGCCCCGGAGACAUCUCAACCCACCAGUCUUAGCAUCACCAGCGGGGGGCCUGUAAUGAUGAACAUGCACGACCUCCCGCUCUCUCACCCUUCUCUUGGCUACAACAUUGGCCACGAUACUGGCCAUUACAUGCCAUCUCAACAGCACGGUGUUAGUCUUCACGACAACAACAACCACAAUGUGCUAAACGGUUUCUUUACGUCGGGCUCUCAAUCCCUAGAAGAUCUUGGCCACGCCCAAGCUUCCUGGGGAGCCCAUUCUACCUCUAUCCCGGGAGAUGUGAGCGCUGGUGGAUAUCACCACAUUCCAUACUCGGAGCACCAAGGCCCCGUCUCGCGUGAGUCGCAGCAACCGCAUCAUUUUGAUGGCAUACCGGAAGACUUGAUGGACAAGCUCGUUGGCCGCAUGUCCAAUGGUCCUGGUAUGCACGGGGCAGGCCCCGAACAUGCGCAUACUUCCUACGCAGAUGAUGGGACUGUGGAUGCAGUUUAA